GGAGCAAGGAAAGGAAGAUGAAGACAGGAGGAGAAGGAUUCCGAUCCAGGUAGUCUAGGCUGUGAGUCUGUGGGCCUGGCCAGAUUGCUGGAAUGAGGAGGCCCCUCUGUGGCCUGCCAUGGAGUUUACCCACCUGGGGAAAUUCACUCAUAUUUCCUCUGGACAGCAGUCACAGGGACCACAGGAGGGCUGAGCAUCACAAAUAAGGAAGUGGAAUCCCAGAAUCCGUGCCAGAGUGCAGGCGGGUCACUAGGAUAGGCAGGCGGCUGGAGUCUCCGAUGAGUUGCUUUCUCGUGUCUGCAGGCACCAUAACCCAGCACCAUGUCCCAUCACACUUUAUAUCUGAGCCAUCCACCUAGCUGUUUAAACAUCAGAACAUCCAAAGCACUCGGGAGGCACAGGCAGUGCCCAUGUCAUGUGGCCACAACCACCUAUGACUCCAGCUCCAGGGACAUACACUCCACCAUGCACAUACGGAAAUACCUACCCAUGCACACACAAAUAAUUAAAAAUAAAGCCUUUGAAAAGGAAACUAUUGUUUUAAAAACUAUACAGCUAGAAGUGGAAAUUCUACGUAAUGUAUAUAUUACAAGAAAGAAUAAUGGGUGGUAGGGCUCUACCUCGGAGGAGGAAUUUUAAUGAGCCCCAGGGGUGACUGGAACACACGGCUAGACGAGACGACCGAAUAGACUUCAAGAUCCUCACAGGGGUGCAGGGGUGCUUAUCAGAAACAGGACAUCAUUUCUCCCUUCUAUGUAAAUAGGUUAACAUCUACCUCCGAGAGUCCUAGGUUUAAAGAUGGGGGUGAAGCACUGCCAACAGGUCAGCAAGUACCAGACAAGACCGGAGCUAAAGUACUCCCCACCCUCAUCUCCAUACCAAAAUUUCCCACCGGAUUCUGGACCCCUUGCAGAGUGGACUCUAGCUGCUUUAAAUUCCCCCAGGGAAGUGGGCAGAAACUGAGAAAGAACCUAGGACCCCAAAUGGUCAAAAGGCAGACCGAUCUGUACCUAAUCCAGAGGGGCCCGUGCCUCGCUUCCCCCUUCUGUUCUGAGGACAGAGGUCCUGGAGCAGCCUUCCCAAGCACCAUUUUUCCUGAAGUCUGUGUUACACCUGUGCGGUGCCCACAUCUCCUUUGACUCCAGUUAGCAUCUGAGUGAUCACGACGGCUCCAGUUCCUUCUCCGGUCAGAGCCAGAUGUGGUCACUGCUUCACUCCGGUGAUUUGUUUAUCUUUACAGCCGCUGAGGCUGUGGUUCUCAACCUGGGGGUCGUGACCCCUUUAAGGAUCCCAUAUCAGACACCCUACGCGUCAAAUAUUUACAUUAUGAUGCAUAACAUGAUCAUUUCAUGGGGGGAGGGACGCCAUAACAUGAGGAAGUUGUAUGAGAGGGUGGCGGCGUUAGGAAGGUUGAGAACCUCAGCUCUGAGGACGCAGACGUGAGAGACAAUGAGGUUCUGAGGUCAAUAAUUUGACCAAGACCCUGACAGAGGGUAAGCAUCAAAGCUCACGUUUUAACUUAGGCUCGCACAACCUCGGAGCUCAUGAUUUCCUACCACGCCUCUACUUCUGGGGUGAGCUAAUCAAGGCGCUGAUAGAAAGGAACUUUCUCGAGAGCCAAGCAAGCUGAGCGUGGAAACCACACCCUCGGCUGCCAGACCCCAUACACUUUCCACCUCGCUUCUGGUUUAGGAACCCCCUAACGUCAUAUAGAGCUGGCAUCCAAAGCUUCCGAACACCUCCUCGGGGUUUGGAAGGACCUCUGGUCACCAGCCAGGCCUCGCCAGUGAGGAAACCAUCGGACCCCAAGGGUCAAAGCAAAGCCAGACCGAGGACAGCGCAGGACACUUUUUAGCCUUGGGGGGGUGGGGGUGGGGUGGUUCCAAAAGCUCUUUCCCAAAGUUGCAGCCCACAGCUGGUGCCCCCUGCUGGUAAGCCUGUGUAUCUCUCAUAACAAAAGUGAAACCACUUCUCCCAAAAAGAAGAAAACCGGCUUCAUUCAGAUUCCAGAACGAGCAUUAAUUCAAUAUCAAUCUUCUCUCUCACCUCGCCUUUCAGUUCUUCUCUUGACCCAAAGAAAAAACUAGUUGUUUUGCAUAGAAAGAUUAAAUACACAUUUGAGUCCUGCCUGAACCACUGAGUUCUAGACCAACCUGGAUUACUUAGUAAGCACUUAGUCUCAAAAAAACAAGUAAAGGUAAGCCUGGGGCUACUGGAGUUCAGCGGGUGACUGCUUGUACAGCAUGUGUGGUGGGGGCCAGGAUUCAAGCCCUGCUGUGAGCGGGUGAUAGAGUGCUUUUAACUCAGCCAAGGCUCGGGCUCUGUGGUAAGCUACAGCAGGUGGCUAUGGAGUAAACUCCUGUAAACUUGGCACACCUAGAAAGCCCAAGAGUUUACAGGCUGGCUCAAAGGAUUCCACACAGAAUGGUGAUCACUGAGAGGCUCAAGAAUAACUGAGAGCCUCUCAGAAAUCAGCAGAAGACAAUGUUCAGUUUGGGGAAGGUGGAAGCAAAAGGUUUAGAUCUUAUUAAAUCUGUGGCGUGGUUUUGUUGUUGUUAGUCUAAUGCCUUGGUGGCUAAGGGUGUUGGCUGCUCUCGCAGAGGACCAGCGUUCCAAUUCCCCGUUCAAUGUCUUUAACUGCAGUUCCAGAGGAUCCAGUGCCCUCUUCUGGCCCCUACUGCACACACAGAUGCACAGACACGCACACAGGCAAAUCCCUAUAUACAUAAAAAUUAAAUCUUUAAAAAAGAGAAAGGUCAGCCGUGGUAGCACAGGCCUUUAAUUCCAGCACUCAGGAGGCAGAGGCAGACGGGUCUCUAUGAGUUCAAGGCCAGCCUGGUCUACAGGGAGAGUCCAAGACACCCAGGGCUCUGUUACACAAAGAAAUCCUGUUGAGGAAGAAAGCAAAAACAAAAAUGAAUGGCAGCAGCAAAAAGCUUAUUAGUCUUUUCUUAGCAUUUCAAUGACUCACGUGUAUGUAUACGUGGGGAUGUGAAUGCAGAUAUGUUCUGGCCACAGAGGUAGGAGAGGGCAUCAGGUCCUCUGGAGCUGAGCCACGGUGUGGUGCUGGGAAACUCUGGUCCUCUACAAGAGCAGUAUGUGUUCUCUACUGCUGAGCCAACUCUCCAGACCCCAGUCUUGUUUCUUUACAGCAGAUCUCCACAUGUAGCCCAGGCUACUCUCUAACUCGUGACGUUCCUGCUCCCACCUCCAGAACACUGGGUCUGUGACAUUUUCAAAAGGGGCAUUUUUCAAGGGGGAAAAGAAAAAAAACAAAACCAAACACGCUUCGUUCAGGCCUUGUGGCACAUGUUUCUAAUCCCACUAACUCGGGAAGCAGGGGUACUAGGCUCUCUGUGAGCUUUACGCUAGCCUAGUCUAGAUAGAGUUUCCCAGGUCAGCCAGAUCUAUGCAGUGAGGCGCUAUCUCAAAAACAAUCAGGGCAUUUAUCAUUGUACCUGCGACUGGGUCAUCUCAGCAUCCCAUAACUUACAUGUGUGACUUUAAGAUAUAAUCUGGGGUUGGGGAUUUAGCUCAGUGGUAGAGCGCUUGCCUAGGAAGCGCAAGGCCCUGGGUUCGGUCCCCAGCUCCGAAAAAAAGAACCAAAAAAAAAAAAAAAAGAUAUAAUCUUAAUGCAUUUAUGUGUGUAUGGCAUUCAUUUUAUAUUUAAAAAAAUAAAAUUCAUAAUUUUAACUAUUUAAAAAUGUACAAUUCUGGGCUGGAGAGAUGGCUCAGUGGUUAAGAGCACUGUCUGCUCUUCCAGAGGUCCUGAGUUCAAUUCCCAGCAACCACAUGGUGGCUCACAACCAUUUGUAAAGGGAUCUGAUGCCCUCUUCUGAUGUGUCUGAAGACAGCUACGGUGUGCUUAUAUAGAAUAAAUUAGUUAAUUUAAAAAAAUGUCGGGGCUGGGGAUUUAGCUCAGUGGUAGAGCGCUUACCUAGGAAGCGCAAAGCCCUGGGUUCGGUCCCCAGCUCCGAAAAAAAGAACCAAAAAAAAAAAAAAAUGUGCAAUUCCGCGGCACUGGACACACCCACCGCUGUUUUGCGCGUGCAGAACGCUUUCCUCAUUCCCUCCACUUGCCCUUCCCCCGUAGAGCCAGCUAGCUGGCAUUUUUUCCUACCUAUUUAACUGUUCUGGGGAUUAAGCAGACGGCCGUAUGGCCCACCCUUCCCGUGAAGCGCUACCUCAGACUCAGCCGCGUUCUCCUCUAGGGUAUUCCACGCAAAGCGCAAGAUCAAUCAGUAAAGCCUGUGCUGUCUUCACCUGCCUCUGUCCCUCAGCUAACCUUACUUUCAUGUUGGGACACACACGAGCAGAAUUUCUCCCUUACCGUUGGCAAUGCCGAUUUCAUUCCUACAUUUGCUUGUUGUUGGACACUGGGUUGGUAUUUCCCCUCAGGGUAGAGCAAAACCUAGCGAGUGUUUCCCUCAGGUUGCAAUGGAGUUCUGGUUUCCAGGUUUUGGAUAUGAUGAUCACCUUUAGGCAAAGUUUGCUCUCCUUUGAGCUUUCUCCUUGGGUUAAGGUGUUACAAAUGACAUCACAGAAACAGAAUCUGAACCCGCGCUGUAGUUCCCGGCCCCUGCUUGAUGCUUCCCGCUGCUUGGUGAAGCCAGCAUUGGCAGUUUCAGCCGUGAGAGCACAAGCAUUGGAUCAAGACCAGAGAGAGCGUCUGGAGGGGAGGAGAUCUCCCCUGAACCCGCCCCAAGCUCUCAACCACAAUCUGUUUUUCCCAGCACACACACACACACACACACAUACACACACCACACACUCACACACACACACACACACACACAUAUACACCACUUGCAUACAUACUCACACACACAUAUACAACACACACACACAUGCACACAUAUACACCACACACACAUACAUACACAUACUCACACACACUCACACACCACAAACACAUACCAUACACACUCACACACAUACACAGGCUACACACACACUCACACACCACACACAUACACAUAUACACUACAUACACACACAGACAUACAUAUACACCACACACAUACCGUUUUUUUUUUUUUUUUUUUUUGGUUCUUUUUUUCGGAGCUGGGGACCGAACCCAGGGCCUUGUGCUUCCUAGGCAAGUGCUCUACCACUGAGCUAAAUCCCCAACCCACACACAUACCGUACAAAACAUACACACCACACAAACACACACCACGCACACAUACACACCUCACACACACACACACACAUGCACACCGCCCACACUCUCUCACACACACAUACACUCACACACACUCUCACACAUACACCCAUACCACACACACACACACACACACACACACACGCGCCACACACACCUAUGUACCAGAGAUCCCCAAGUCCACUCCUCAUGCCCCAGUGUUUACUAGAAGCCUCGCUGACCCCAGAGCCGAAGCUCACAGGAGUAACACUGUUAAGUAUGUGCUCCCUCCCAGGAGAGCCGGGCUUAGCAAUAAUCACAUUGCUACAGAGCCUGGGCACAGUAAGCACAGGAAAAUGGUGGGGACACCCCAUUAGUCCGAGUGCCUGGAUAAAGGCCAAGCUCAUAGAUAGGCCGUCUAAAAGGACAGCGGCACCAAGCCAGAUACUCUUAGCAUUUUACCUACUGCAACCAAAUGAAGGUUCUUUUUGGCCAAACCCAUCCAGCUACAGAAGAGAUGGUCUGUUCUAAACUUCACUCCAACUAGUUCCAAAUGCUUUCCUCCUAAGCUAUCAUUAAAAGCAGUUACAACAAAAGGAUAAAACCUUGACAAAGCCAAACAGUGGCUUUUAAAAUUCAGAUCAUGCCAUUCCUCUACUCAAAAGCCUCGAACUGCUAGGCAGCACCCUGUAAUCUCAGCAUUCAGGAGGCUGAGGAAGACCUGUCAUGAGUUCAAAACCACCCAGGCUGCACGGACAGCACCCAACCAACCAGCCAGGCAAAUUGAGACCUUGUCUCAAAAACUAAACCCAAGAACAAAAACAAGAAACCCUCAAACGGCUCUCUACUCAUUUAUUCAGAGGUGUUAAGAGUUUGCUUCUCUGUUGCUGUGAUAAUUACUGUGGCCCAAAAGCAACUAGGGGAAGAAAGGGCGUGUGUGGCCUACAGGUUAGUCAGUCAUCAAAGGAAGCCACAGCAGGGGCUCCAGGCACACAUUCAACUGCUCCCUGGCUUUCUGUUCAGGCUCACCUGUCCAGGGUACCACCGCGGGUCCCUGUCAACAUCGACUAAGAGAGUCCCACCCAGGUUCGCACACAGGCUGAUCUGACAGAGGCAAUUCUCCCAGUACAAGGUCCUCUUCCCACGUGUGUCAGGUUGACAACCAAAUCAGUCAUCAGGGGCAAAAUCUUUACAAUGGACCUCCUUUCCAAACCAUAAUCCUGUGCUCCUCUUCCCUCAACUAUAGCCUCCGUCGUAAACUUCCAAAUUAGAAUCUUCCCUAUUCAUUUAGUAAGGAGGUGAAUCCGGGAGUUAAGAACAACCGUGGUGCACUGGGCUCCAACCUGAAGCUAGUAAGCCCAGGCUCGCUUACGACUUUCUGAACCAUCUCCCUGCUCCAAAACCCACGUGACUGUUUUACAAAGGAAAUUCCCAACAUACAGGUUCUUUCAAUCCCAGAAAACUGACCUGCAUUUUCAUCAGAAAACUGUUGAAGAGAGUCAAAUGCGGAGAACCAGGAGAGCCUGUCAAUGUUCCUGAGCAGGGCACCUCAAACUAUCAGUUACUGUGGCAUGGUCUCAUCUGUGAUGAUUGUCAUUUUUUUAGACCCAUUGUGUGUGUGUGUGUGUGUGUGUG